CGCACAAGAACACGUCAUAGUUAACCCCACUGUGUGUCCGGUCAUGACCGAAACAAAGAAAACUGACUUCUCUGCCCGUCUCGGCGUCAAGCGAUCCAAACCCUCUUCUACCAAACCGCACACUCCCAUCAACGCUCCGCCAAAAGCCGCUACGGCGACAAGUUCGAAGCUAAAGAAGGAGGAGGUGCAGCGCCGCAAGAACCCUUUCAAUGAUAUGCUACACACCCGAACACACAGAGAAAAGGAUUCAGGAAGAAGUCCCUCCUCGAAGAGACUAGAAGCUAGGGAAGAGUCCUCGCGAAAGAGCGAAGAUGGAAGACAUGGAGCUGAGAACAUAUACGAUGCGCGCGCUGCGGAGAGGAUUGCUGACUUGGAAAGGGCUUUGGCUCUGAUGAAGCAAGAGCAGGAUUCUUUGAGAGAGGAUAUGCUCAAAAUGAGAGAGAAUGGGGUGGCAUAUCAGGAAACGACCGAAGAAUAUAGGCGGCAAUUAGCCAACACAUCUGCCGCGAUAUCUCAAAACGAAUUCUGGGGUAGUCCGUCUAGAUCUGGCAACCAUCUGAACAGCAAUCGUCCACAAAAUCUACCAGGCGCUUUUCAGACUGAUUCUCGACCCCCUUCGCGGUCAUCGCAAUCCGCCGCCAUGGAUAUAUUUGAAGAGGGGGAGCCGUCUCGCCAAACACGCCAACACCAAGAUGGCAGAAUAGAUCAGACCCAAGACCUUCGCUCACAAGUAGCACAGCUACAAGAUCAGCUCCAAACACAAGAACUUGCCAAUCAAUCCAAGUUUCGCGCCGAAGCCGAGUGGCAGGAGCUAACCGCUCGCCUGCAUACUGCGGAGAAGGAGUCGGAAGAACGCUUGCAACAGUUGCUUUCUCUCAAAUCCAGUAUCUCUUCUAUGACACGCAUGGAGGCGCAAUACACCGAUAGCGAGCUCUCGGAGAGCCUGUCGCAGUUGGCGAAUCGUGUACGCGAAUGGGUGAUAAGUAACUUUCGGAAGACAAAGAUAAAUUAUAGCAAUCUGACACCUGAUGUGACGAAAGCGCUUGAAGUCAUCUCACCGGACUAUAAAUCCAUUAACGAUCGGCUGGCAUUGUAUCAAGCGCUCAUAGCAAGCACCCUGAUGCAACUAUUUCGGGAACCUCUCGUCGUUGGCGUAUCAGAAAGCGGACCACUUGCUCCGCUAAGACAUGCAGCCAUUGUUAUGAAGCGUAAUUCGAGCGGAUACAGUGAAUGGCGUCGGUGUACAGUUCGCAGCCUCGAAGCGAUCGAAGGGGCCGCCAUUCAACAGGAGAGAGGCAGAGUGUUGCAUCGACUCGUGGAUAGCAUCUGCCUUCAGCUAUUCACUCUCACGUCUGCGAGUGCCACACCGCAUGCACAGCAGUCAUUGGAACACAUUUUGAACACGGCAGCAGAUAUUCGGCGCACCUUGCUGCUCCAGAAGGCAGAGUACAUCAUACACUUCUUCCGCAACCCGGAUAGUCAUAGCAUACGCUUCGAUGAGACCAGAAUGGAAUCCAUUCAUGAUAUUGAUGGGCCAGACGAAGAUGGAGUCAUGUCACUUGAUAGAGAAUUUGGUUUCUGCGUUUUCCCAUCCUUGGAGAAGUUUGGCGAUGAGCACGGGGACAAUGCCGACGUCAACAAUGUUCUGUUGAAAGCGCGAGUCUGCUGUGAACUCAGCUAG